AUGUCAAACAAAGUUCAUUGCAAAACUCAAAAUGUGUACAAACUAUCCCACAUGUAUAAACCAGUCAUGAUCAUUCUAUUAAUCUGUGGUUACGAUUUGAAUAUUAAAAACGGUUUUCUGUAUAGUUUUAUUGCUAAAUUUUAUUGUGUAAGUCUCGUUUUAGUUGUCAUAUAUUCCUCUUUAGAGUGCUGUCCGAAAGAUUUGUCUCAACUAUGGUCGUUAUUUGAGUACACAGCUUCAGUCAUGGUCAUCCUACUGUUCCGAAGUCGCACAGAAAAAUUCUUCAAAAUGCUAAAAGAUAUCGAUUCAUAUCUAAGAAUCAAUAAACGCCGUCACAUUCACAGUAUUUACAAAAUAAUCGUCUUAUCUAUAGUAACUUGGUCUUUAAGGAUUUCUUAUACUGUCAUGUAUUGUUGUAUCUACGCUUGCUAUGAUAAUUUGGUUCUGUAUGUGAUCAGACAGUUUUCGUUAAUCGGUCUCGAUUUCAAUCGGGUUUGGCGAUGCAUAAUGUUCGAUGCAGUUAGGUAUCGAUUGAAACUCCUGCGAAUAAGAUUGGAAGAGUUUCCUGAGUGUAAUUAUUAUUUAUACGUGAAUAAUAAUAAAAGUAUAAAAGAAAAUAAGUUGAAGUUCUGUCUGUUUGUGUAUAGACAUAUUGCUGAUAUGGUCGACGUUAUUUCACCUGAACUGCAUGCAUCGCUAUUUCUGAGUGUAGCUGGAAGUGCACCAAAACUAAUAACUAAUGUCUACCACAUAUUGACAGCCAUAGAAGGUCGCGAACCAGUAGAAUCUCUCGGCUAUGUGAUAAUGCACGUGGUACAAAUCUCGCUGCUAUUAUUUUCACCUUUUCUCAUAGUCGAACAUUAUUCAGUGGAAGUGGAAAAAAUGAGGUUGUUUCUCAUGCAUAGACUCAUUGAUGGUAAUGAUCCCACACUUAAGGAGGACAUAGAAACAUUUAUCCAGUACACACACGUACGCACAUUCAAGUUCAGAAUAUGGCGGAUAAUACCCAUUAAUAUGUCGCUACCUUUGGAGCUAAUUAACAUGUGUGUCACUUAUGUCAUUGUUGUUAUUAACUUUACACAUUUGUAUGGGUGA